AUGGAUAGCCAUGUCGACGAUGGUAUUUUGAGAACCGACAAAGACGAGCUUAAUAGUUCAAUCGCCAACACUGAAAUAGCAAGUGUCUUCAGUUUUCCAGGGACACAAGUGGACGGUAACAGGGAUACUUUGUUGGGCGUAGACCCAAGCGGGUUCCUUGGUAUAUUCUUCGACUCUUCGCUUGAGCUUCCAUUUCCCUCACAAACACCUAUCAAUUAUAGCCAAGGUUAUUCGGAAAGCGGCCAGAUGCAUCCACCUUUUGGAAAUGCUCUCGUACCCUCUGUAUCUACGAGAGAGUUCAUGUCCCCGUCGAGCAGUCAGGCUCGAACAGCAUCAAAGGUUCAGAAGUCCUGGCCGGCCGGUGUUCUACCAAUGGAGCGUCAACAUUUGUGGCAUGAAAUUAUAUCGAAAUCGGCGCCCUCCUACGUCGACACAUGCAUUCCCUACCAGAAGCGAGAGUUUGCGUUCGGUUGA